AUGACCCUCUUGUCCAUAUUUCUGGGUGCGCUGGGCGCAUUUUUUCUUUAUCCAUACCUUGUUCACAUGUGGUACCUUUUGCAAGCUCGCCGGCAUGGGCUAUCGACGCCACGAGUAAUUUGGUCUUUUCCAUUUGGAAUCCCACAAUUUGUGCAGAUUCUUAGAGCUGCCCAAAACCACCGCAUGAACCGGCGCACACUCGAUGUGUCAUUGGCUUUGCCCACAAUGACGGGACGUAGCCAACUUAUGGGAUCCUUUUUCGUCAUGACCAUGGACCCGGAAAACAUCAAGGCCGUACUGGCAACACAGUUCAAGGACUUUGGACACGCACGCAGAUACAAGUACUUUUUCCCGUUGUUGGGAGAUGGAGCAUUUACUCUUGACGGACCAGGCUGGCAACACACAAGAGCCAUGCUACGUCCACAGUUUACUCGGGAGCAAAUCUCACACGUUCACAUUAUUGAGGAUCAUUUGCAAAAGAUUAUUCAGAUUUACAGAAACAACAACAAAGAAGGGUACUUGGAUAUCCAGCCCUUUUUUUACAAGUUGACUCUGGACUCAGCGACUGAGUUUUUGUUUGGCGAGUCCACUGACCUCUUGUCUGGAGGUAACCGUAAGCUGGUCAAUGCGCUUGAGUUUGAAGACGCGUUUAAUAAUGCACAAGAGGUUUUGCGUAACCGCAGUUUGGCACAAAAUUUUUACUGGCUUGUAAAUUCAGCAAAUUUCCGCAAGUGGUGCCAAGUGUGUCAAACUUUUACCAGCUCUUAUGUUAACUUGGCUCUUUUGCGUACACAAAACUACAAUGGCGAAAAAAAUGAAAAGGCCGAAAAGGGCGAGAAAUACAUUUUUUUGGACGAACUUGCAAAGGAAACCCGUAACCCUAUUCUGCUGCGAGACCAGGCACUCAACAUUUUAGUUGCAGGCCGUGACACUACAGCCUCACUCCUCUCUUGGGUGUUUCUAAUGUUGGCAAGACACCCAGAUGUUUUUGAACAAUUACGAAGUGUUAUCCUGGAGCAUUUUGGCGACGGGAGAGAUUUGAGCAAGGUGACAUUUGAGACUCUUAAGCGGUGCGAUUAUCUACGUUAUGUCAUCAAUGAAACACUUCGCUUGUACCCUACUGUGCCUAACAACUUCAGGUACGCUCUCAAGGAUACGUCACUGCCACGAGGGGGAGGUCCGGACGAGUCUGAGCCCAUUUUUAUCCCCAAGGGCCACAUGAUUAUGUACUCUGCCUACGUGUUGCACCGACACCCCAAGUUGUGGGGUCCCGAUAGCGGUGAGUUCAAGCCUAUGCGAUGGGCCAAUCGUAAAAGCACUCACCCGUGGGAUUACCUUCCAUUUAAUGGUGGUCCACGGAUUUGUCUUGGGCAGCAAUUUGCCUUGACUGAAGUGUCGUAUACAAUUGUACGAAUGCUUCAGAAUUUCAAGGGCAUUGAUGCUGCUCCAAGUGCGCUUAUUGGCGAGCCCAAAGAGAAUUCUAGUUUGACGUUAUCAGUAGCUGAUGGCGUUCCAAUUAGGUUAAUUCCUGUUUGA